AUGGGAAGUUUUGCCAAUGCUGUAUCGUCGCUGAUCGAGACGUAUACAAAGUGUCUCACGCUGCUCAAGGGUGCCCACGGGAGCUCGCGCAAGGACAAUGAACAUGGAAACUCGUCAUUGAAGCAUGCACUGCGCAAAGCUCGUUCGAGGAUCCAAGGCAACUACUCGAGCAGACUAUCCCAGAGUGGUCGCUCUUUCGAAAAGGGGGAUGCCAACUCCAGAAGCUCGCUGAGACGGAUCAUCCGACGUCUACGAGCGGCCUUGAUUGGCGCCAAAGAAGGCUCCACGUCAAAGCAUGGUCUCGACUAUGCCUCGCUGGUGUCCUUGUGCGACUCUUCUCGUUCAGAGGCUAUUCGGACAAUGAUUGAUCUUUCAAGCCGCAUUGCGAGUUCUCCACGGCUACCCUCACGGGCCAGCAGUGGCAGCAGUCACGGUGGCUCCCGGAAAUCCAGUCGAGGCGACAAGCCUUCGCGGGGCCACUCUGGCGAUGUGAAAAGGCAACGCUCACGCGGUCAUCGCGUGUCGUUGGAUAGGCGAUACUCCAAGAACACCAGCUCAUCAGACAGCACCAAGCUGGGCGAGGUGAGGCGGCGUGGCGCGAGCGACAGGGGCCGCGAGGCUACAUAUCCCCGGCGAUCUAUGGAUUCGGGUGGCGGUAGUGUUCGGAGGAAGAGCGCGAAAUGGUGGAAGCUGUUUUGA